AUGAAUGUCAAGUCAUCAUGCUGGGGUUUGUUUGUCGAUAUGAAUGUUAUUCUUUACUGCUCAAUGCCUGAUCAACAUCAAGUAGUGAAAAGAUCAUUAAAUGAUUCUCUGAUGACUUCAAAUCGUGUUGCUGCUGGAACAGAUAUUGAUGGAUCAGACUCUAAUCAACUCUAUGGUCCUGAUGGAAUCUUUGUUGAUGUGAAUUUGGAUUAA